AUGGGUCUCGAGCGGACGGCAAAGCAAGUGGACAACGAACUGGAUGAGAUGUGUCGACAAAUUAUUGAAUUAAUGGACGACUAUUAUUCGAAUAUGAGUAAGCUGCAACACUGUAUACGUGAUGGUUGUGUGCACUUAGCCAAAAGUAGGUACUUGAUGGGCCACCGUAGCGUGUCCGACCUACAGCUACCGACGUCCGGCCAGUACACCGCUCGCUCUACAGUGGUGCGAGAAGAGGACACUACUGUGAUCCAUUUGGCGUGCAACAAUGACGGAGACGAUCCUAUCAAACGUUUUGGCGUGCUUGUACCAGGUAGUCUACGCAAAGCUCAAGAAGGAUUUUGCAAAUGCGUAGAGUACUCAAUCGAAGCCGCGGUCAUAAAAGCUGAAAUGGAAAAAGUUCAGAAAAAUUUUUUGUCAUUGAAGAAUGAGAGAAAUCAGAUGACAAACGUAGUAAAUAAGGGAAAAUAA